CUAUACGUCAAAGUGGAAGGAGUGUCCGAUGCGCGUCCACGUUCAUCCGAGAACCCUCCGCCUGGGACCUCAUUCAUAACUUCUUCACCGACAUGACAUCAUUAUGUCCCCCAACCUCUUCUCCACCCAAUCUGACACCACCGCCAGAAGGCAAGGAUCCAUUCUCUCCAAAAAUCGAACUCCCACUGGCCCGUAAUCAUCUUUCUCAUCAUCAGAUCAAGGAUCAAUCUCUGCGGUCUUCACCGCAAUUGCCACCACAGUGAUUGUGAUGUGAACUACAAAAAAAUGCAAACCAAUACUUCAGAUCUAGCCUGGAUUCCUGCCUCUUUCAAAGUUAUAAGUAGGAGCAAUGGCUACAUAUCCGGCACCGUGAAAUCUGAGGAAGAAUUGGGGUCCUUGCUAGAAAACCACAAAAGAGCCACGUACACUUCAUUCAAUACAUGGUCUGAACACAAAAAGGAUCAAAUUAAAAGAAGGCUACUUUGGCAAGUGGAGGAUUAUGCAGAUGAUGUUCCCGUUUGUGUUGAAAAAAGAGCUAUCCUUGCCUGCCAGCAUGGCAAAGCAUCGAAAAGACAUUCUACAGCUGAGGAACAGCCUUCAGAACAUGUAUAUAGCAAGAAAAGGUUAUAUGUGCAGAGGGGCAAAAAAGUGGACUGUCCAGCAAAGCUUUUCAUUCGGCAUGUAACUAGGUAUGACACAUUUAGUGUCAAGGGGGAUGCUUCGAGAGCAAAGAAACAAGAAGCAAUGAAAAGACUGAAGGAGGCAUUGACUCAGACAAGCCCAGCUACAUCAUCAUCAUUCAUUCAUGUCAAGCUCCCAAUCGCUGAAGCACACCAAAACCACAUUAUCAAUGAAGCAAGUUGCUUUAAAAGGAAGAUACAUCCACAAGAAAACAUGGGGCAGGACAGAGACACCAGACAGCAGGAAGAAAACAUGGGGCAGGACGGAGACACCAGACAGCAGGAAGAAAACAUGGGUCAGGACGGAGUCAGGGAAAACCACAUCACAGCUGAACAGUGUGCGUUAAGAGAUGAAUUAAACAAAAUAAUGGAUGCUACUUAUCUAUGUCAAGACAUCGAGACCUUACAAAAGACAAAGGAAGCUGUGGCAGACAUUCGAAAGUCCUUCAUUGGCUCCUGUCCAAAAGGGAAUGGUCUUCCGUUGCUGAGCAAAGAGAACCAAAUGAUGAGAGAAAACAAUCAAAUGCUUAGAGCUCUCCCACCAAGAGUGAGAAAAGGAAAACUUAAGGGACAGUUUGAAAUUUACUGGGGUGGGGCGGGGGGUCCAAAAUAGGGGAGGGUUGUCUAACUGGGGAGGAUUUUGUGCAGGUGCGUAAUUUGCAGGGGGAAUGCCACUCCCCACCAAAUACGGUAAUGAGAGGAAGCCCAGUGGCCCGCAGUGGGAUUUUGGCCGACAUUCUGCAAAUUUUCUCAUUGAUUAAACAUUUGAUCUCAAUACAGUUUUCUGUUCCCAAAACUAGAAUCUGUUAUAAGCAGAGUUGACUAAGUUUUGUAUACUUUACCCUUUGCCAAGGUUUCCAAAAAAUGGUGUUGUUUAGAAGGAGUGCAAGGGCGAAUUGAGUUAUUGUA